AUGAGCUGGGGGAGACGGGGCGGGGGCAAAGCCGGCAGACCUGCCCGCAUCCCCGCCACAAAAACCCGAGGCACGGGGCGGGAGGUGUUUCUAAACGCCAGCCGUUACCCUCACCGGCUACGGCCGAGGGCUUUGCCCUCCCACCGUCUGCAGCUCCGCACAGCGGGAACUUCUGCAGCCGAGGCGGAGCGGGCAGCCCGCAGGCAAGGACACCGCUGCGGGCCGGGCCGGGCCGGGCCCACCUGUGCCACCUGCCUGCCGCUGAAUGACACCGGCCCGUCCGCCGCACUGACCUGCCCCUGCCACGCUCCCAGCCAGGGGAGAGGAGGAGGAGGAGGAGGAGGAGGGAGAAGCAGCUCUUACCUGCUCCCGCCGCUCCUCCCGCAAGCCCUUACUAACCGAGCUCCAUCUUCCUCCGGCCGGGGAGGCGGAGACAGUGACGGCAGAAGCAGGCGGCAGCGCACGGCCCGGGAAGAGGGGCCGGGGCCGCGGCUGCGGCCGCCCCUGCGCACCAGCGCUCCUCCGCCCCAGGAUGGUCCUACCGGAGCGGGAGACGAAGAGAGUUGCUUCCCUCCCGUACCCAUCGUAGCUCUGGAAAUGACCAUGCCUAGUUUUGCCCUCUACAAAGAGGGGCCUAUGAUUUCGUCUCCUGAAGCUCUGGAUUUUGAAGAAAGCCUGGUCGGUCAAGUGUAUUACUAUGCAGCUAAAAUGCAUCGUGCCGUUUAUUUGCCUGUCUCUUCAGCAAUCUGCAUAAGCUCCCUGCUGCUGGCCGCCGCCGUGGCGCUGCGCAGCGCCACCCGGCCCUGCCCCGCCGCCCACCCGGACGCCGCCGCCCACCCCCGCUGCCGCGAGCGCCUCUACCAGGCGCUGGAGCUCUCCCCCGGCAGGAGGAUCAACUGCUCGGGGAUCGUCCGCGGCGAUGAGAAAGCCAUCCGGGAGGCCCAGCUCAGCAACCUGGAGGUUGCGAACAGAAGGGCUUCCCUGACGCCCGGCGAGUACCUGAACAUGACUAAGGACUGCAGCAACUUCAAGGAGACCCGGCGAUUCAUCGAGUUCCCGCUGAGCCAGGAGGAGGCGGAGUUCCCCAUCGCCUACUCCAUGGUCAUCCACAACAAAAUCGACAUGUUUGAGCGGCUCCUGCGCUCCCUCUACGCCCCCCAGAACGUCUACUGCGUCCACAUUGACAGCAAGUCCCCGGCCGCCUUCCAAGAGGCCGUGCGGGCCAUCGCAGCCUGCUUCCGCAACGUCUUUGUGGCGAGCCGCUUGGAAGAGGUGGUGUAUGCCUCCUGGUCCCGGCUGCAGGCUGACCUCAACUGCAUGCAGGACCUGCUGCGGAGCCCCAUGCCGUGGCGCUACGUCCUCAACACCUGCGGCACUGAUUUCCCCAUCAAGACCAACAUCGAGAUCGUCCGUGCCCUGAAGGUGCUGCAGGGGCAGAACAGCAUGGAGUCGGAGAAGGCCUCGGGCCCCAAGCAGGAGCGCUGGCGGUACCACCACGAAGUGGGGAAGUUCAUCUUCCGGACAGCCACAGAGAAACCGCCGCCACCGCACAACUAUCCCAUGUUCACGGGCAACGCGUACAUUGUGGUCACACGGGCCUUCGUGCAGUACAUCUUUGAGAACCCCACGGCGCAGCAGUUCCUCGAGUGGGCCAAGGACACCUACAGCCCCGACGAACACGUCUGGGCCACCCUCAACCGCAUGCCCGGCGUGCCGGGCGCCAUGCCCCAGAAUGACAAGUUCCAGCUCUCGGACAUGAACGCCCUGCCCCGCCUGGUCAAGUGGCAGUACCUGGAGGGCGACACCAGCAAGGGCGCGCCCUACCCGCCCUGCGCCGGCCAGCACCAGCGCGCCGUCUGCAUCUACGGGGCGGGCGACGUGCCCUGGCUGCUCCAGCAGCACCACCUCUUGGCCAACAAGUUCGACCCCCUCGUGGACAACGCCGCCAUCCAGUGUCUCGAGGAGCACCUGCGCCACAAGGCCCUCUACGGCCGGGGGCUCUGA